AGUAUAGUUUGAGCUGUCGCGGAGAGUAAACGGUCUUAAAAAUUUAACUCCGGUAUUUAGACGUUAGAUUGUGGGUGAAAUGAAUAAAUAAGAAAAACAAGUUCUUGUGUGACAAAUAAAAAAUUAAAAAAAAUCUCCCGAAAGAGCUUAAAAGAAUUUGAAGCUCGUGAAAAAAAGGGAAAGGAAUGAAAAUUAAUGAGGAUGAAAUUAUAAAAUGAGCAUCAUUAAAAAGUUGUUUUAGGGCAGUUACAAGAGAAAGAGUUUACACAAAAAAAAAUAUACAGCAAUAAAAAAAUAUCGGUGGCUGCUGCUUCUGAUAAUCAGUUUAAAAAAAUAAAAUAAUAGUGAAAAUGAUUUCACAAAAUAUCAAAAAAAAGCUUAAAAUGCAAGGUGUUUUAAAACUUUGGAUUACAUUUAGUCUAUAUAUUGUUGGAUUUAAUUGUCAAGUGUGUGGACCGCCAGCAGUGCCAGUAAAUAGUAGAGUACAAACAAAAUCAUCUGAUUAUGGACUGAGUGAAGCAAAGUAUGAAUGUGAUUCGGGAUAUGAGCUGUUUGGGCCAUCAACAAUUAAAUGUGAUCCAAAGAAAGGCUGGGAGAAGGAACUGCCAUUUUGUGGCACGAAUGUGGCUUAUAGAAAACCAGUUAAUCAAUCAUCAGUAACGCGAAUUGGACCAGCAACUUAUGCCAAUGAUGGUAAGGCAGGAAACCAAAAUCCGGACGGUCAAGAAUGUUCGGAAACGCAAAAAGAAACAUCGCCGUGGUGGCGAGUUGAUUUACUUGCUCCUCAAACAGUCAGAGUCGUUAGAAUAACUACAAGAGGUUGUUGCGGUCAUAAUCCGCUUCAAGAUCUAGAAAUAAGAGUUGGUAACAGUAGUACAGAUUUACAAAAGAAUCCAUUAUGUGCAUGGAAUCCAGGUACUAUGGAAGAGGGAACAACAAAGGCAUUCACAUGUGCCCGACCUCUCAUCGGUCAAUAUGUAGCCAUUCAACUCGUAGGUGUCGAAGGAAGUCUAAGUCUAUGUGAAGUCGAAGUGUUCUCCAAUGAUGAAUUUUCAAGUGAGCGCUGUGCAUCGCCAAAUUUAAGUCCCGAGACAAUUUUAACAACAUUCUCACGUACAUGUUACGAGUUUCAUGUGACGAGAGGUGAAAGUUUUGAUAAAGCAAGAUCAACAUGCCGUUCACAUGGUGGAGAUUUGCUUCAUGAUUUUCGUGGUGCAACGUAUGACUAUGUAUUGGCGGAACUUGAUCGUAGAAAGGCAGAUCUCAAGACCCAAUUAGUAUGGGUCGGUGCCCAAAAAGAGCCGGGAAUAACAGCUAGAACUUGGCGAUGGGUAAAUGGUGACAUCGUGGUGAGACCGACAUGGGGAAAAGAUCAGCCCAACAACUACAAUGGAGAACAAAAUUGUGUUGUUCUUGACGGUGGAAGGAAUUGGCUGUGGAAUGAUGUUGGCUGUAAUCUUGAUUAUCUUCAUUUUAUUUGUCAACAUCAGCCUUUAUCCUGCGGAUCACCUGAUGUACUUUAUAAUACAACAAUAGUUGGAAAAAAUUUCUCAGUCGGUGCCAUAGUUGAAUAUAAGUGUCCAAAAGAGCACUCGCUUGUUGGAAAUGCUACGAGGGUGUGUCAGUCGAAUGGAUUUUGGUCUGAAGUUGCACCUACUUGUAAAUACAUUGAUUGCGGUUCACUUGAAACAUUAGAGCAUGGCUCCAUAAGAAUGUCGGAAGAAAGAACAACUUUUGGUGCUGUGGCUCAGUAUAUAUGUCAUGAGAAUUAUACAUUGAUUGGUAACGAAAAUCGAACAUGUACAACUGCUGGAUGGAGUGGUAAACACCCGCAAUGCUUAGUUGAUUGGUGUCCGGAGCCUAAGCAAAUCAGCGGUGGAAAGAUUAAUAUAUCAGGUCGCCGAGCAGGCUCAACGGUAACAUAUUCUUGCGAUCAUGGAUAUGUGUUAAUUGGUGAAAAUAUUUUGUCAUGUGGUCUCGGAGGUCAAUGGACUGGAAGUGUGCCUACAUGUCGAUAUGUUGAUUGUGGUACGCCAGCAAGACCAGAUAGAGGUUCAUUAGUAUUGAUAAAUGGUUCAACGACAGUGGGAUCAAUCGUAAAAUAUGAGUGUGAUGAUGAUUACUGGCUUGUGAAUGGUGAUGACAUCCAAACAUGCACAAAAGAUGGAAGGUGGUCAGGAACUACACCAUCAUGUGAAUUAAUUUCGUGCGAGACUCCUCAAGUUCCAACUGCAUCUUAUGUGGUCGGUUACGACUACAAUGUUCAUUCAUCAAUCACCUACCAUUGCGAUCCUGGUCACGUUUUGAAAGGAGAUGCUGUGCUGAAGUGCUUAGAAACUGGUGAUUGGGAUAAAGACCCGCCGAACUGCCAAUUUAUUGAUUGCAAACCAUUGACUCAACUUCCAUUCGGAUCUAUUCGAUACUUACAAAAUACAACAUACAUUGGUUCAGAGGUUGCCUUUAGCUGUGUAAAUACACACAGAUUAAAUGGAAAUCCAAAGAGAAUAUGCUUAGAGACAGGCAUGUGGAGUGACUCUUCUCCAAAAUGUGAAGAAAUCAGAUGUUCAGAGCCACUAUUAGCAGACCAUAGCUUACUCUCAGUGACUGGAAAUGACAGAAUGUAUGGACGAACUGUUCUUCGAACUAAUCAAGACUUAUCAAGUUCAGUGCAAACUUAUAAAGUUGGAGCAUUAGCUAAAUACCGAUGCGAACGUGGAUACAAAAUUAUUGGCGAUGCUCUUAUUACAUGUGAAGAAAAUGGACAAUGGUCAGCUAAAGAAAUUCCAUCAUGUGUUUUUGUUGACUGUGGCAAUCCUCCGACAAUUGGUAAUGGAACAGUCGCAUUAACUGCCAAUGUUACAUAUUAUGGAUCAACGGCACUUUAUGAGUGCAAUGGCAAUUAUAAGCUUGAUGGAGUUUCUAGGAGAAUAUGUUCAGAGGAUGGUAAUUGGAGUGGAGACGGUGAACCUAAAUGUGUAGAAAUCACCUGUCCAGCAUUCAAUGUCAGUGAGCAUUUGCUUGUUGAUGCUGGAAUGAAACUUGUUGGACAGGUUGCACAAUUCUCAUGUACAAAAGGACGAUAUCUUGUUGGAAAUAGUACAAGAACUUGUCUUGCGAACGGACGUUGGACAGGAAAGAAUCCUGUUUGUAAACCCGUUGACUGUGAACGACCUAAUGAAGUUGAGAAUGGAAGAAUUAUAAUUGUUAAUGAUGUAACAACUUAUGGAGGCUCUGCUGAAUAUCAUUGCAUUCCAAAUUACAACAGAAUCGGACCAUACUUGAGAAAAUGUAUGGAGGAUGGCAAGUGGAGUGGAGAUGAGCCCAGAUGUGAAUUGUCAGUGAAUGAAGCAGCAAAUGAAGACAAUGUUGGAACUGGAGUCGCAAUUUCAGCAGCAAUCAUUGUUAUUCUAUUAAUCUUUAUCCUUAUUGUGUUCCUUCAUCGCGUUCAAAUCGUAAAUUUCAGAAAUAAAUCACGUCCUGUAAAGAACUCAGAGAAUGUCCAAGCAGCUGAAAGAAAGGAGGAUCAAAAUGCAGCAGUCAUGUCUUAUUCUAGUUUAGAGAAUCAACGAGCAAACAUUGAUUUACAUAAUCGAGCGGGAAUGGCAACAUUUAAUACCUUCCAGGCACCAGUCAGAACUAAUACUAGUAAUUUAAGUAGCGAUAAUAGUCUUAGAUCGGAAAAUAUUUACGAUCAAAUACCUAACGAAACGACAAUUUAUGAUCAGCCUUAUGAAAUGCGAGUAAAUGAGGAAAUGUAUGAGCCAGAGCCGAACAGAGGAAAUAUUAUCACAAUCAAUGGGAUAAGUGUGCGAUGAUGUUCACUGUAAAUACUUAAUCAUUGCUCAUUCCAGUCGAUUUUGCUAUGUCGCCCAAAAAGUAAUUCAUAAUGUUCAUGUUCAGUGUAAAUUUUUUUUGACCCUAGGCUAGUGCUUUUUGUUAGAUAUUGUAAAUAGUUAGAAUAUACGAUAAAAGGAAAUAAUAAGUAGAA